GUUCGCCUCGCAGUGAGCUAGACGCGGCGCUCAGUCUGAGAAAACCCGUCUGUCUAGACGCACGGCUAUGACGCUUUCCUCUCCCUAACUCGUGCACCCGCUCUUGGGUAAUGUGCCACGACCCGCGUCUUAAGGAAUACCUUACAGUACUGCGUCAGUGUGUCCUCGGACCGCCCACACGCCCCCGCCACCCUGCUGGCGGUAACAGAUUACCUCAACGCCAAAACUGGCUACCUUUGUUUGAAAUAUUGAAGUGAUAUUCUAGCUUGUCUAGUGGAGUGCCAAGUUAAUAGUGCGGUGAAUGUUGUCAGAGAGUAGAGGAGCCAUGUCAUCAUACCGGAGCCAGCGGCAGCACUGCUACCUGUGCGACCUGCCCCGCAUGCCCUGGGCAAUGUUGCACGACUUUUCCGAGCCCGUCUGCCGUGGCUGUGUCAACUAUGAGGGCGCUGACAGGAUAGACUUGGUGAUAGAAACAGCGCGCCAGAUGAAGCGAGCUCAUGGCAUUAACGAGAGCCGCCAGGGUCCUGCCAAGCCCCAUCCUCGUGUGCCUAUGGAGGCCCAGAAUGGCGCCCAUCACGGCCCCAUGAAGCUGGAGGGCGGCAUCAAAAUGGAGCCUGGGUCCCACUCCCAGUCUGGAUCUCAUUCACACGCCCACUCCCAUGGCCAUCCAUCGCCCUUGCCGCCCCCUGGUGCCCCAGGAGUCGCCUUUGUUGGAGGAGACGUGCGUCAGCGAGGGCCCCACAUGCUAGCCGCCUUCCCUGCAGGCCUGGCCCACCGCGAGGACCCACACGCACCCUCCCUGGUGAGGCCGCCCGCCCACCUCACAGCCCACCCUCCCCUGCCGCCUCCACAUUCUCGCCCACCAGGAGCCCCGGGAUCCUCGUCAGGCUCAGCACCUCAAAAAAGAUCCUUUGAGCGAGACGACGCCCAGAGUCCCAGCGAGGGUAGUGUACCCAAGAGACCCAUGCUGGAGGAGGGGCACAGACCUACCCUCACCCGAGGAGAGUCCUUGCCAGCUGCCCCCGUUGCCCCAAACUACAAGGAUACUGCUAAACAUCAUCCCGUCCGAGUGUGGUCCUUCGACGGGUCCUCAAAGCCUCCCACAGGUAAUGAGAUUGCGGCCCACUUCCGCCUCUCCCUGUUAGGGCUGGGUGCGGGGGCGCUGCGGAGUGGAGCUGCAGUAGGCGGCACAAAGUUGAAGGCCUCAGGUUCAGUGGUCAGCGCGGGGCUUCAGCGAGGCAAUCAGCCCUGCAGUAGCAGCAGCAGCAGCAGCUCUGGCGGCGCGCGCUCCUCACCCUUCAGUCAGCAGCAGCAGCCGCAGCAGAAGCAGGAGGAUGACCAGCCAAGUGGUUACCCAGGGCUGCCUGUGAGUGCAGCUGCUGUGGUAGCGGCAGCGGCGGCGCAGCAGCAAGCACAAGCAAACAGCCAGAGCCAACAGGGGUCGUCGCAGGGGCCCGGCGGCCCCCGAACCACCUCCCCCGAGGGUCCCAACUCCUCCACCAACGGGCCCUCGCCGAUGGCGGCCCUCCAGAGUGUGACAGACAACCUGCCACCGGGUUCCCCACACAGCCAUGCCUCUGCCUCCCCCCAGCAGCGCUCAGCAUCCAGGAACUCGUCACAGUUGUCCCCUUCUUCAGGAGAACCCAGGAGGAGAUCUUCUGGCGGGAGGCAUGGAGACUCAAGCGGGGACAGCAGCCCCGGGGCACAGGGAGGAGGAGCGAGCACUGGCAGUAGUGGCAGCGACGCCCCGCAACCCAGCAACAACCUCAAGUGCACGAUAUGUACCGAGAGGCUGGAGGACACGCAUUUCGUGCAGUGCCCCUCCGUCCUUCACCACAAGUUCUGCUUCCCCUGUUCCAGAGAUUCCAUCAAGCGACAGGGCGCUGGCACCGAGGUGUACUGCCCUAGCGGUGAGCGGUGUCCCUUGGCCGGGUCGUCGGUGCCGUGGGCCUUUAUGCAGGGUGAGAUAGCCACCAUCCUCGGCACCGCAAACAUCCUGCCCCAACACUCCCAGGAUGAAGUCAAGACCAAGAAGGAACGCGACACAUAGGCUGUGUCGCGCAAGGUUCCUCUGGUUUUAGUUACAAGGUUACCAGCGAUGCUUAGCUGGUGACUUUUGUCGGCGUCGACCGCAAUCUGCGUGUUCGGCGUGGUGACGCUGUACUAGCGUGUCCAUAUGGUGCUGGAUCCGGUCCUUGCUGUGGACUCUGCCUGCUAGUGGUGGUGGUGGCAGCGGCCGGGGCCCCCAACGGCGUCUCGAAGCCACACUACCAGUUGUGUUGUGAGUCGCCAUCUGGGAGGUGACUAGGGUGAGAAGGCAGAGUCAGCUAGUCCAGGGAGUCGUCUACAUUAGUGACUGUUAGACAUUUAUGCAGACAUUCAGUGUGUCAGUGAAUUGGUUUACUUCUCUGGAAGUGACCAAAUUUCCUGCCUUCAUAAGGAGUGAUGACUGCCGUGAGUAAUUUGUUGAUCAGUCGUGGCAGGACUGUGGGACAACUCAAGUGAAUAUGAUCAUCACAAAUCAAGGAUUACCUGCUGUAUAGGUUAUCAAAACAUGUGGAAUUUUGUUUGCAGGAGAGCUCUGAGGCUGAGAUAACCUUGGGUGCAGAGUGGCGCAAAAAGAGUCGUCCCAGGGAGACUGGGAAAACUUAGUGUCGUCCUGUGUCAUCAGUGACUGCCUCUUGUGAGCAGCUCGACCUCACACUGUCGUUGGCUUAAGUUGCCGUCAGUCUCAUGAUAUCCUUAUUGUUGUCAGGAUAUUGACCUCAGGCUCUGUUGUCAGCCCAAGCUGUCAGAUAUCGUCGACACCAAGCUGACAUUGACCUCAAGCUGUUGUCGACUUUUAAAGAUGUCGUCCCACUUUCGGUCCAUAUUCUUGUGCUGAUUUCUUCACAAGUUUUACCUUCAGAGUCGAGCAGAAUUGUUAUUGUAAUCUCUUAGGCUGUACAUAUGUGUACAAUCAGCAAACACAACUCACAUGUGCAUAAAUACACAUGCACAUACAUAUGCACACAAACCAGCACAUGUGCGAACCCCCCACACAGAUGUACCUACACACAUGCACAAACAUUUAACAUGCACGCACACACACACACACACACACACACACACACACACACACACACACACACACACAUUCUCCCAAACACUGCUCCAAGACCGUGUGACGUUCGCAAUGACCAAAGGCUUACCUUGUAUAUUGAUUGAUAGGAAUAUAUUACUUUAGUGUAAUGUGAUAACACACUUAGCCUACUAGUCAUUUAUGAUACUGGGUAAUUUUGGUACAGUAUCACAAUUUGGAACUCCGUACUCGCUUUUGUAGAUUUAUAAAUGUUCCAAAUAUUCUCUCUACCGGAAUCUGUCAGAUCUUCUCCACCAGACUAACACCGGCAAUUGUUUAAAACCAAAAUCAACAGCAAUUAACAUGCAAAUCAACUUUCUUCUUGUAUGCGACAACCCGAGAGAAUAACAGCACAUCAUUGUCAAGUUUUCAGUUAUAUAUAUAUAUAUAUAUAUAUAUAUAUAUAUAUAUAUAUAUAUAUAUAUAUAUAUAUAUAUAUAUAUAUUAUAUAUAUAUAUAUAUAUAUAUAUAUAUUCCUCCCUGCCAGUUUUAGAAGAUAGCAGUUAUAAGUGUGUGUGUCUGUGUCUCCAUAUGCUGAUUCCUUCACGCUGGGCUCGACCUCUCGUUGGACUAAGCUAUAAAUGGGCUGGCUAGCAACCUCAUCGCGUUGCUUACAUUGUAUUAUGUUAGACGAACAUCUCUGUUUAGGCUAUGCCUUGGUCACAGUCUCGGCUGCCUCUCAGAGUACCGCAGUGUUGUGUUUGGUGUAUUCGCUCGCGGCACCAAUGUCAUUCGCGACCUCUAUGGCUUCAUUUUUAUGUUUGAAUUUUUUAGUGUUGUGGCAAAGCUGCAAUAAAUAACUUAGGCCCAAGCAUGCCUUUCUGCGGUACCACAAGCUAGAACAUAUAUACUCCUGUUUUGAGAUUAUUUUUGGUCUAGUGAUGCUAGUAUCAAAAGCAUGAUUAAUCAGUCCAUCAGUCAGAAGGCCUGGUCUGGGACCGGGUCGCAGAAUUAACAUGUAGGUAGUUGUCUAAUAUAUGAGAAGUCUGAUUGAAAUAUGGGUAAAUUGAGAUAUAGUGUGACUGAUAUGUAAUUAGGAUGACGGAAAUUUGGGCAUUAAUAUGUGGGUAGUUAGCCUGACAUGUAGACAGUGCGAAUUUUGAGUGUUUUGACAUGCAGACUGACAUGUGGAUAAUCUGAAUGUUAUGUAUGCAUUGCAGGAAGUUUUGUGGGAAGUCUUGAGUUAGCACUGCUACGAUUAUCUGUGGUAGUCUGGAAUGACACUAAUAAGACUAUUGUGUCUGGAUUCAUAUUUAGAUAAUAUCUAGUAUACAAAGUCAGUCAUAUGCCUGAUAACAUCCGAGAGAAGUUCACUGUGAUUUUGGAGUGUGACUAAAUAUUGAACUCGAGUUACACAAAUUUGUACUUUGUUCAUGGUAGCUUAUCUCCGUUUUGUGUGUGUGUGUGUGUGUGUGUGUGUGUGUGUGUGUGUGUGUGUGUGUGUGUGUGUGCGUGUGUGUGAUAAAGUGCUGCAUGGCUUUGUAUUGUGAGGGUGGGUGUUUAGUGUUCGUAAUGGAGAAGUUGCUGCCAGAAAGCCCAAGCCCGAGUUCUAGCGUGGGGUCUCCCAGCCCCUUUCCCUACGAGCUCCAAAGGGAGGGGGAGUGCUGCUACUGCUGGGGGUGGGAGGGAGGGGGCAAGAGGGGUCUACCUCAGAAUAUUAUCCAGUUGGACGAGUAGCUGCCUGGGGCUUCUUGUAUUAACAUUUAACUAAAGAGUUCCAUACGUAAGAUUUCUUAGAAAUGUUAAAACAGUUGUUUCUUAUGCAAUCUUGAAUGCCUUGGUAUGUUUACGGCACAUUCCCAGUGAUAAGUAGUGUUACUGUUUCGGGGGCUAGCUACUCGAUUUUUUUCUCACUGCCUUGGUUAGGAGGUUUUGCCGUCCAGGUAGCAGCACUCUUCCUUGCCCGCGCCCGUUAGCGUCCAGUACUCUUUUUUCAUCAUUCCCAUAAUAUACAGUGGUAAACAAAACCAACCCUUGGAGAAACACUGCUGGCUCGGUGUCCUAUGCUACUCCGCAAUGUUUUUACACUGCUUUACAGUGUCCUCAAAGCUGCUUAUCCAUGCCCUAUGAUGUUCAGCUAGUUUACAGGUGCCACUCAUACUCUUUAAUUUCACUCAUCGUCACUUAUCUAGCUGUUGAGCCAUUUCUCUUCAGUCUCUGGCUAUUUGCCAUCAUCUGCAUAACUAUGCUUCAUUUUCUCUUGCUUCUAUUCAUCAAUGCCCUGCGCUUCUGUCAGUGUGAUGAUUCCGGCACAGUGUAACGCCCCGGCAAGGCCGUGGCUGUACUCCUCUGGGAGUCUUUGCCAGAUAUGAAUUUUUAUAUUUUGUUUUUGUUUUAAGCGGGAAAGGCCAGCUACUUGUUGCUCGUCUUGGUCAUGAGAGCGUCGAUGUGAACCAUCACUCCCCGCUGUGGCACAGUGCCAGAAUCAUUGGGCCCUGGUGAGGAGAGCGUCACUGUGACCCAUCACUCUCUGCAGUGGUCCGGUGCCAGAAUCAUUGGCUAUUCUUUCGUUCUUGUUUUCUAUGUUGCCUAACGGCAUUUUGUUGUAAGUAUUAAUGCUCCUGGUGUUACUACUUUAACUACUCUUUCCAAGGUACAAAUGAAGUAGCUCUUGACGUAUUUUUGUAGAAGGGCUUUGUAAAAUAAAUGACCACCGGGAGGGUUGCAAAGGAUUCACCUGAUAAGACCUUCUGGCAUAAAAAAAAAUAUAUAUAUAUUGUCCAUUACUUAUUGAAAUGGCACAAAUGCCCUGCUUUGUUUAUGAGUUGGCGUCCAGUUGAGAGAAAAUGAUUGGUAAGUUUUGGACCAGUGUUGAUGGUUUCUUUAGUAUCCAGUUCUUGGGUCGAGGUUGUGUAAGUGAAGAGCCUGUUGGUCACGUUAUAAACAUGAAUUAUAACCUAUUGGACCCAGUUUGUGACCACUCGGGCUUGUGGUGUACACCACACACAUGAUGAAUAUAAAUAUGGCUUGUGUAACUUAGCUAAAUCUUCAAACUCAACAUUUUGCACUUAGGAAAAACGAGGAAUGUGGCCUGUAGAAGCUGACUUACAUUGGGCAAGACUUUAUUUGUGAUCUGUUGAUUCAGUUAUGAUGUUGACAAGCCUGAAAAGAAAAUUAUUUCUUUAGGGCAUAUCAGCAUCCCUGAGGGCCGAAAGGCACUUAACUGUGCUGUCAUCCCCCCCAGGAUAAGCUGCAUUGUGGCCCAAGGCCUGCCAACCUAAUCCCAUAUCAGGCAGCUCUCCAGAGUUUUGUUUCACUCAGAACCCAUGCAGCAGCUCCUACCGGCCUCUUAAAUCCUCAAACCUCAAGACCUAAAGAGCGGGAGGGAGCUGUGACGUCAUAGACAAUGGAGAAAGAACGGGCCUCUGGUUUGCCGGAGACGCCCAGUCCCAUCGACAUAAGCUGUACAGUAAUCUAGGCUGCCCGUUAAUAUAUGGCAUCAUACAUAUUGGUUUAUGUAUGGUUUGAUGUACCUGCUUUUAAGAUAUAUAUACAAAUUGUUGCCAUUGGGCGACUUUUAAUACCUGUUCAUAUGGAUGUUGUUGGUCUCUUAUUAUUGUAAAGGGUGUACAGUGAACACAUGCAUAGUAUAAUUAUAUUAAAUUAUAUUACCUGCCGCAACCAUUAUCACUGCUGUUAUGAUCAGUGUUAUUUUCUCCUUUGUAUAAAUCCGGUCACAACCACGUGGUGAGAAGUGUGUGCCAUAACCUGGUGCAAGCAACAGUGCAGCAACGCAGUAAUAAACUAUUGACAACCUCA